AUGGCCGCUUACGAGGACCUGAAAUCGGCGACCGAGGGCUGGUAUUGCCGCCCUCUUCCUGCACCAAUGGUAACGGGCGUGCUGCCCCGUGGAGAAAUCGAGCCUUUUCUCGAACUCACGGACGACAUCGGGGCCAACGAGAACCCACUGGUGCACUACAUUGAUUUCAUCACGGGGCAUAGAGACCCAGUCCCCCCCGAGCUCGACGAGCAAUACAAGGCGGCCUGGAAGGACGACAGCUACCACAAUCUGCCGCCACCGUUCGGGUUCAAGACGGCGCCGCAACACCACAUGACGCUGCAGAUUUGUAUCCUUGACGCCCCCGACGGCACGAAGACCAUAAUCAAACACUGCGUCAUCCCCAACAAGGCGAAGACGGCCGUCUUCGCCAGCAUGGCUUUCGGGAGCGUCAAGAAGCUCUGCUUCCAGCAUCCCAAGGUGGGGGUCAAGGUCUGGCAAUACGCCUUCGAGCGGUUCGGAGGCAAACAGUGUCGGGCUUUCUUCUUAUCGCCAGACGUCAAGACGGCCACCAAGGUGAACGAGUUCUACGAGCUCUCGGACGAGGAUAUAAACGCUGGCUUCGAAUACAUCCUGAAGAACGCGCCUCGCUCCACGGCCGAGCUCAAGCAGCUGGUAUGGCAGACGAAGGCGCUACGCAAAGGCGCCCCCCUCUACGGCUGGCCCGUCCCCCUGGUGGCGAAGGCGUUGAGCGGGCUCGCGGCGGAGGGCGCGCUUGCAAAGAAGGAGUUCGAAAACAACGUGAUCCUCUGCGAGGACCACUUCAACCUUCGCGUUCUCGAAGCCAUGCAGGAGCUGAUCAACGGCAACGAUUCGCUUGUCCUCAUUGGGGAGCCCAACAUCGGCAAGACGCCGCUCGGGCGCGCAUUCCUGAUGGCAAUGUGCCGCAGGAACGCGCGGGUCCACGGAUUGGACCCCGCGGGUUGUUGCAUCCGCGUCACGCCUGAGAUCGAUUUCUUGCGAGGCGAGCCCGGCGACAUUCUCAUGGGGGACUUUGUGGACGAUGGCUGCUUGAAUCUCCUCCCGCCCAAGAUGGUGAAGGCCUUGCUCGACGUCGGCCAGUACGAGAGCAUGUGCUGGGCCAGGUGGGGCGCAACGAAAUGGAAGAAGGGGGAGCCUCGGUGCUUGGCGGACCAGACUUACGAUCCGAAUGCCGAGAAGCUGGACCGCUGGCCCUCCGUGAAGUUCCAGGAAUUCUUCGAGCUCGUGCGCCCUGCCUUCUCCGAGAAGGCGACCCGCGCAUGCAUGCUGGCUUUCUUCAAGCGUUCUGCGUUUCUGGUGAAUACCCAGGAAUACCUCUACUGGCGCCCAGCAGGCACUGAGGAGAAAGAUGUUCCGCGCAUUAACUUCAAGGGCGAGACCUUCCUGGCGGCCGAGGGGAAGCGCCUGUACCUACUGCAGAAGGACGGCGACAUGACCCCGCCCGCCAAUAUCCAGCAGCUCUUGGAGAAGGAGCGGCUCCUCGUGGACUCCGCCGUGGAGAAGAACCGCAAGAAGUCCUCAGACGCGGCCCUCGGUUCUUUGCCAGCCCCGUCGUUCGUCCAGGUGAAGCGAGAGCGCGUGUCCCCUGAGCGCCUGACGUUUCGGAAGCGCCUGCUCUCGGGGAUGACGCUCAAUGUCGACAGCCCGUCCCCCGCCAAGCAACAUGCCGCGGCGUCGUCCACUGCAUCUGGGCCCGCGGCCCCGCCCCGCGACGAUCUCGAGGUCCAGCUCUCGCAGAUGCUGGCCGAGGAGGGGGCGCCCGCUGUGCCUGCGAUGCCCUCGGCUGCGGAGGAGGACGAGGCGCACGCUUUCCUCGGUUCUCAGAGUCAGGAGCGAGCGGGCGGCCGCGAGAGCGCGGGCGGGCAGGUGCGGCGCGCGGGUUUCGCGGGCAGCGAUGGCACCCUCAGCUCGGGCGCUGAUGCCGCGCGCGCUGCCGAGGCCAGGGGUCGAAGCCGCACGCGAGGGCAGCGCUUCCCCCAGAAGCGUCGCAACAAGCGGUCGGUGCAGGCCGCCUCGCGCCGCCGCGACAUUUUGGCCAAGGCGCGGAAGGCGCGCAAGGCGGCCCAGGCCAAACGCAAGCGCUUGGAAGCCACGGGCGUGUUCUACACGCCCAAGCGCCAGCGGGUGUCCCGCGUGCGGCGCGGCAGGUCUUCCUUAGCCAAGAUCUACACGUACGAGGACCUCAGGGCUCUGAAGACCAAGGAUGCUUACGACUUGAUGGUCCAGGCGGGGUACCUCGGCGACCCCUCCGAGAACGUUUGCCCCAGGUGCGGAUGGCCAUUGGGUUCGGUGAUUCACAGGGGCGAGAAGCGGCAUCCAGUCCAGAGGUGUCAGCGCAAGGCCUGCUCGUCGUCCUCGGUGCAGGUGAAGGUCACGAGCGGCACGUGGGCGGAUGUGGAAGUGCCUCUCCCGAAGCUGGCGGGCGUCGCCUUCCUGUCGUGCGGCGCCCUGACGUCCCGCAUGAGUACAGCCGACAUGGCGCUGAUUGCCAAGAUGGGCCACAAGCAGUGCGAGGCGGUCAGGCAGAGUUUGCUGGAGAUCGUCUCGGCUGCUUCGAGGGAAGAGCAGAAGUCGAUCGUGCUGAGCGGCCAGUGCGAGACCGACGCCACGACCCUGCGGGUCGUCCAGCUCAAGAACGGGCGCAACAUGCACAUCCGCGUGUUCGGCAUGUGCAAGCGCGGAGACCACGAACACGCCGUCGUGCACAUGCUGCCGCCCUUCUAUGCGGUCCGUGGCGGCCCGACGCGCCCCGAGAGCACGGAUGAGACCGCGCCGCUGAUCUCAGCUCACACGGGGGCCGACGUGCUGAUCUGGCACACAGACGGAGCGCGGUGCUACCGCCGCCUCGAGAACCACACGAAGGUCAAGCACGCCAAGCGCAUCUGGGCGACUGUCAAGACGCUGACCCUGAGCGGGGGCGACGUCCUGUGCUGCUACGGCGGGACGCAGCUCCAGGACGGGCUGUGGUCGCACGUGAAGAACGUCGUCCCAACCACGAUGAACACGUACAGCAAGGAGUCGCAGGCGCAGCUCGAGAACUGGGUGCACUUCUGGGCGUGGCGCUACAGGCGCGCCAGCUGUCCAGAUAUGUUUCUCGAGCUCGGCUCGGCCGUCGCCAUGGCCAGGUUGAAGGGCCACGUCUGGUGAGAACCUGCCUGUGCGCUAGAGGGGGCCGCAUGUGUAAAUAAUCGCCAUCGGCCGAG